GCGCAAAAAUGUCCUAUUUAUUCCCGUUCAAUGGAAAAUGUAGAAACAUCACUCCAAAGAAAAGUGACUUCACCUUUUGGGUAAAAUACGUUAAAAGGAAAAUAUUAUACAUCACUACUGUUGUACACACAUAUGAAAAUACAUUUGUGUAAGUCUAAAUAAACCCACUAUAAGUUCCCCACAAAUCGCUGUCACUUUGAAAUACUUCCCUCAACGAGCUAGCUAAAAUGAACUAUUUUGUUGUGUCCAUUUGUUUUUUCCUUUGGUGUGUUGUUCAGAAUAAUUUUGUUCUAAAUGAAAAAAUUAUUCCCAUAAGUCCUGCUAACCGUUCAAAGUUAAAAAAAAUGAUAGACCGUGAUGAGGACUUUAAAAUAAAUAUACAUGCCCCCGUGGAGGAUACACAGGAAGUGUUGGAAUCUUUGGAUUCCCUGAUGAGGGUGGAAGAAAUGCAAAGAAAAGUCGACGAAGAAGAGUUCAUGAGCGACAAGCAGAGGCUGUUGAAGGUUCAUAAAAAGAGAAUUCAGGAUAUUGUUGCCUCGGCGUUCGAGCCUCUCCACGCGUUCCUACCCAACCCGCUGCAGCACCUGAUUAUUAAAGAUGUCCACUCGUACUUAAAGGACCAGGAAUGACUGCGUUAUGCCUACAUGUAGUGAUGGGACUUAAGUAUAGUGAAUAUGUUACAGGUGACGGAGCUGAAACGGGUGCGUAUAUAGUUAUUUGCUUCUAUGCGUGGGAAAACGGUCAUGGGAGCUAUAAGCAAUCAGAAAUAGCACCAAUGGUGAGAGGCAAAAAAAAAAAAAAAAAAAAAAUAGGGUAAACCGAAUUGGGAUGCACAAACUGGGAAGAAUUAAAGGAGAAAAUGUAAUUUAAGGGUUGGCUACUUUGUUAAAGCGCUCACGUCCUUUUGUUGUAUGGUACAUUUAAAGGUGCCUGUUUUUUACGUGCAUAGUUCCUUAUAGGAAUUACUUUUUUUUUUUUAUAAUUGUUUUACUAAUGUGCAAA